CAUUUAUAUACCGCACGGGCUCAGUAGUUUCAUAAAAACAUAAAUUUUGCACGCACGCAAGUCAACAUAUCUGCCAACGAAAAUGCAAUUUGAGCCAGCCUCGUGACCAGAAUGGCAAAAAAAAAAAAAACGUGUGCAGUAUCAACAAGGUCGUGACACCACCCCUUUCUUUCACUUUCACAGCAAAACUGACGCCAAAAGGAUAUGGUUAUCAGGCUUCCUACGAGAAAUGAAUCAACGCGUAUAAACGAAUCUACCAAAUACAGAACUUUUCGUUGGAUGACUCUAGUCGUCUUCUUACUGUGCUCUACAUUUUUGAUUGUUGAUAAAUCUAUUUCUCACAACUUGAUAUACCGCCUCAGGUAAGCUUCGUACGGGUUUGCCAUUAAAGAUACGCAAUAAUACAUAACAAGCAUUUUAAAAGUUUGGAGGAGCUUGAGGACCACCAUAGUCUCUUAUUCGUCGCGUUAGACACUGGAGCGCCACCUGCAAA